CUCUCUGGAAGAACUCCAGUCAUCUCGGUUCAGCCUCUUACUGGACAGAGCUCUGAGGAAUGGACAUGCCUCUUUCUCUGUGGACAGAUCUGAUGCUGUAAUGAUUCUGAGUUUUGGAUCUUGACCGUUCGGACUCUUGGUCUUUUUGUCUGUGUGACCGUGGAAUGUGCUAAACUCCACUCUCUUAUGCUGGAGCUCCCCAUCUCCUGCCAUGGACGUGCGUUGGACAUGCUUUGAGUGCAUGCUUGCUGAAACAGGUUUACUCACAGGCAGCUGGGAUCAGUCCUGGGCUUUUCUCUGAAGGCUGGAGCAGAGCGUCCAGCCAGGGGCCGAAUGCACUACAAACACACUCGCCCGGCCCUGCUGGUCCAGCCGUUCUGAUGAACUUCUCAUAUACAACUGCACUUAAAAAGAUGACCCAGCAGAGCUGCCUGGCUUCCAAACUCAGAUCAUGUUGACAUGAAUCACACUUGCUUUGCAUGUUAAGUGACCGGAUCCCUCUUUUCCACGAUGAUAGAUCUUUCCGAGCUGACUGGCGCAUUAUAGCACACGCUGAGCAUCCUCACCAAGACCAGCGAAGCCUGUGCUGAGGAAUUAUCUGUGGAGAGGACCUGCGCCAGGCUGAUAGGGAGCCGCAGAGCGAGGAGGAGGGACAGGAGGGCCACCGCAAGGUGAGCAUCGAGUCAGGGGGGAAGGGACACCAGAGGCUGGUCACCCGCAAUGCCUUCGUCCACCAUGCAGAUGCUCGCCUUCAUCCUGGCAUUACUUGGGGUUCUGGGUGCCACUGUGGCCACUCUGCUGCCCAACUGGAAGGUGAGUGCCGAUGUAGGUUCCAACAUCAUGACAGCGAUCUCGCAGAUGCAAGGGCUUUGGAUGGACUGCACCUGGUACAGUACUGGAGUGUUCAGCUGCACCCUCAAGUAUUCUGUCUUAUCAUUGCCUGCUUAUCUCCAGACUGCCCGAACCACCAUGGUCCUCUCUUGCAUGAUGGCCACUCUGGGGCUCUGCCUGGCCGCCCUGGGGCUCAAAUGUACGCACUGGGGGGGCAGCCACCGCUCCAAGGGACAUACAGCACUAGCAGCAGGGGCUUGCUUCGUCAUUGCUGGAGUCCUGUGCCUCGUUCCUGCCUCCUGGUUUACGAAUGAGGUCAUCACCACCUUCAUGGACUCCAAAGUGCCCAAGAGCAGCAAGUACGAGCCAGGGGGAGCUGUUUACGUUGCGUUUGUUUCUGCCGGGUUCUUCUUAGCCGGAGGCGUGAUCUUCUGCUUGUCGUGCCCAAGAAACAGAAAUGGUCCACUGGACUCUGGCUCGUCCCACCCAGACAAGCUAUUACGGCAGGUGGCCAAUGACCGGCACAAACAGAAGCAGCACCGGGAACAGCAAAGCCAAACGGAGCCACAGGAACAGCAACACAAAGAAAAAACAACACACCAGGAGAAGCUCCAGGUGGAUGAGAUGCAGCCGGACCAGCCCAAGCCGGAGAAGUCCCAACUGGAGCAGGAACAGCAGUACUAUUCGCCAUCCAGGAACCGACUUCAGGAUGCCAAGGCUGUCUACAGCUUGCAGGACUAUGUAUAAAGUGGAUAAAAGCCAGGGAAUGAGCUGCCUUUCUUUGUGAGGAGGUGGAGAAAUAGAAGCAGCAGGAGGAGGAGUAAUGACUUUGGCCGUGUUAUCUCCCCCUCUCAUCAGUGCUUUUGCCUACUGCAAGCGUAAGCGCUGGAGGUAUUUCUGAAGCCUUGGAUCAGGCAAGAACCGGCUAUCCUAAGGCUACAAAGCUCACUGCCGCAGUGAGCAUUAAAAGAGAAACGAUCCUGGAAAUGCAGCAAAUCUGAAAAGUUCCCAAAAACACUGUUUUUAGCUUGUGAGAAAUGCGGAUGAUAUAUGCCAAAGGCUUGAAAUACAGUUUGCAUGUAAUAGCUGCCUGUAACACUUUGGGUGCCCAACAUUCAGCAAGCAAAAUAAGCCAUGCAGCCCAAUUACUUCAUGCUUUUGUACCAAAUCUUGAUUUCAUUUUAGUAUCUUUUAGGCAUUAUUUUGGCAAAAUAACUGAAUAUAUUUAAAAAGUCAUUAUUUUGACAUACAGCCUUGUAAACUCGGGGGUAAACAUGUAAACUGAGGUGUAGUAAUGCUUCAAUUCUGGAAUUUAAAAAGUUCCCAGUCAGGCUGUUUUCAGCUUGUUGUCAAUGAGGAUGUUACUUUCAAGGGUUUGAACUACAGUUUGCAUGUAAUAGCUGCCUGAAAUCCUUUGUUUGCCCAACAUUCAACAAGACAAAUGAGUCAAAUACGCUAGUUACUUCACAUUUUUGCCCCAAAAUUUAAAUUUAGUUUAGUGUCAUGUCAUCUAAAUCAUUUUGUUGGCCAAGUUAGUCAAUAUUUUGAGGGAGUAAGUCAUUAUUUUGACAUAGAACCAUGUUCUCAUGCAAAACAAAAUGCAAAAUGCAUUUCUAUCUAGUCUAAUUAGUCCAACAAGUCUAGUAGUCAUUUAGUCUAAGUCAUUAUUGUGGCAUAACAAUCAGUAGUAUGAGAAAAUAGGUUAUUAUUUUGACACAGAACUGUGUAUCUGCUGGCAAAAACACAAACUACUCACUGCUGCUGCAUUAAAAGAGAGUAGAAGAUUCUGGCAAACAGCGAUUCAGAGUCUGAAAAGUUCCCAGAUGGACUGAUUGUGCUUUGUUAGAGAUGAAGACGUUAAGUACCAAAGUUGUAAACUACAGUCUGCAUGUAACGGCCGCCUCAAAUCCUUUCUGUGCCCAGGCAAAAUUAUCCAAGCAAGCCGAUUAUUUCACAUUUUUGCACCCAAUCUUGAAUUCAGCUUAGUACCAUUUAAUCUAAUUACUCUAUUUAGGCUAAUUAGUCAAUUAGUCUCUUAGCCUAAGUCAUUAUUUUGGGAUAGUGAGUCAAUAUUUUGGGAAAUGUCUCAUCAUUUUGACAUAGAACCAAGUAUCCUUAGGCAGAAAACAUACUCACUGCUGCACUGGGAAUUAGAGAACAGGGAGAUGGCAGCUAUUCCAGCAUCUUUCCCUUGGGUUCCCAACAUUCAGCAAGAAAAAUUAGCCAAACAGGCCAAUUAUUCCACAUUUUUGCAGCAAAUCUUCAGUCCAGUGGUAUUUAGCCUGCUAUCUAUAGCUUGUGAAUGCAAUAGAAAUUUUAGUAAAUAUGAACACAGGCAAACUGAGCUUUAAGCUCUGGCCUAGGGCUAUGUUUCACACCGCUUGCAAAGCAAGAAAGACUAAAAUGCAUAAAAUCAAAAAGUCCCAUGAAGACGAGGUACAGUGUCCAGUCCACAUUUUCCAAAGAGUCAGGCAGAGCAGCACAGAUCAUCUGAGGUAAUUAUGCUCUUUGCUUUCCCAUUAGGUUUCGCUCCGGAUGGGUGCACACUGCUCAUUUAUUGCAAGCGAGCGCAGAUGCGAGUGUACGAGUGUGUCUGAAAGCGUACACACACACACACAUACACACACAAGCCCCCUCCUUCCCCACCACCCCCGCCCCCCACCCUGCUCUUGCUGCGAGGGUAAUAGGGUCUUGCACCCAAUCAUCUUUACUGCGUGUGACUGCCUGUCAUUGCUGCAGGACGUACAGCAGACGCUGUUCUGAGGCCAGUGGGACGUUGUUUUUUCUCCAUUAUGAACAGUACAGGACAGAGGAGUCCCAUGUCCCAUCAGCCAAAAGCCUCAGGAGCCCCUGCUGGCCAGCAGUCGGACCACUGACAGAUUCAGCAGAACUGUUUUGCAGCCAUUUAUUUGCAAACAUUUCAAAGGAGUCACAGUUUACAGAGGAAACGAAUGUAUUUUCAGCGUAUCACCUUGACACUCUUAAAAGAUGGUCCUUCAAGGGUUCUUUAGUAAAAACAAUGGUUCUAUAUAGAAGCAUGAACACUCAAAGAACCACUUCCAUGCUUUGCAUGGUGAAACGGUUUUUCAGAGUAACAGAAAGUGGGUUGUAUGCUGUUCUGUUUUUUUUUGGUUCUAGGUAGCACCAAAAAAGGUUCUGCUAUUGUUCCAACGACAAGCUUUAUUCAAGGGUUCUUUAGCAAAGAAAAUUGUUCUAUAAAGUACCAUGAACACUCAGAGAACCCUUUGCAUGACUGUAGGAUUCUUUGUACCAUGAAAGCAUUCUUAAGAACGUGCUGUCGAUGGUUCUCUAUAGAAGCUUUCUGAAAAGGGUUCUAUUUAGCACCCAAAACUUUGCUCUUAUACGUCAAUCAAGCUUGUAACAACAGAACUUGUUUUGGUGCUCCAUAGAACCAUUUUCAAAAAGGUUUUAUAUAGAACAAUAUACAACAUGUUCUCCAUUAAUCUGAAGAACAAUUCCACCAUGCAGAGAACCAUUUAAGCAUGGAAGUGCUUGUUUGAGUGUUUAUAGUUCCAUAUAGAACCAUUGUCUUUACUAAAGAACUCUUGAAGGAGCAUCUUUUUAAGAAUGUAGUUCAUUCUUUAUGCUGCUUUUAAAGGAACGGCUCAGCAAAAAAAGCUGAUUUACACAACAGUAGCCAAUCAGCCAAGACGUGUGGUGUCUGAAUCAGUGAGCUUUGCACUGGAGCUGUGAGGCUAAUAUAGCUAAUAAGUAAUGGAAGAUAAAUACGUCUAAUAUGUUUAAUUCAGUCACAGAGUUUUCAUUGCAGUGGAGGGGAAUAGAACCAGGGGUAACAAUGUCUACAACACAAACAAAGGCAGUUUAUUUACUAUCAAAACACCAGCAAACCUACAAGUGUCUUCUGAGUUUUCAUAUCACCGCUGUCAGAACAAAACCUCAUAUCGAACAAUAUUGAACAAGUAGUGUUGCCUUUUACAUUAUGUGUAAAUUUCCUGGUGACUCAACCAAAGGAAAUCGUCCAAAAUGAAAAAAGUCUGGUUGCACUGACUAACAUUAAAAGUAAAGUAUGUUUUUUCCUUCUCCUGUAAAGUUACCGCUUUGGAGAACGGAGGUUUUAUUCCAGUAGCAGUGAUAUGUAAUGCUGAUGAUGGUAAAUUAGUGGAAAACGUUUUGGACCAAUUUGCUGUGCAAUUCAUCGCAUUUACCUCUCCAUAAUAACAGUAAUGUACUACAAUAAAUAAAUAAAUAAACUAGCAGGAAAGUGUCUCUCAAAACAAUGAUAAAACAGUGUCUCAGGCUUCGGGCAGCAUUUUUCUAUCCUGUAACAACUUUCUGGGAUGUGACUUUUACAGGCAUUCUUCAACUCUUCAGACGUCUGGUUCCUAUCACCACCACUGUGAACGAAGGUGACUCAGCGAGUUUCUCUAGAGCAAAGCGUUUCACACCAAAUCACUCUGCAUGUUCACCACUGAAGCGCGUGAUUAAGGAGAAAAUUGGAAAACUUGGUGAAAUUCCCCUUUAACUUGUCUCUGAUAGACUUGUGCAUGUGGUUUCUGGCACUGUGCGACAUGGUCUAUACAGAACCACGAACACUCAAAGAAAAUCUACAUGAUAAAAGCGUUCUUCAGAUUGAUGGAGAAUGUGCUG